GUUAUUAGAUAACAAUUCUGUUACAAUAGACUUUAUCAACAUACAAACAAUAUAAAAAUUAAAAUAUUAGAAUAAAAAAAAAUAAAAGUAGAAUUAAAAGAAUGAUAAAAUUCGACAAAAUAAGAUACAAUUACAUGUUUUAAUGCAGUUUUGUAUCGCUAGAGCAGGACAUAAAUUAUACAACUAGUCUACAUUACUCAAAAGAAUUAUAAUUUUAAUACUCAAAAGAGGGUUUAAAGGUACGUUUGUUGAAAAGAACUGUUUAAAGAGGAAGGAUAUAACGUAAGUGAUUAUUGCAUGUUAAUGUACCGUUGCCAAUACCAGUCAUGUUACAGGUGCACCUCUCCACAGAAUCAGGGCCGUAAAUACUCUCCAGAAGAAUUUUGUCUGUGUAGAGUGUGGGAAGAGGUAUGGCCACCAGACAUCGCUGCUAAGGCACCAGAAAUUUGAGUGUGGCCUUGCGCCACAGUUUCCCUGCUUUUUCUGUCCUUACGUGGCCAAGCACAAUCAUGACUUGAAGAAGCACGUUAAGAAACUUCAUCCGUCGUCGUUUUAAACAAUGUUUUCUGACUGCUGGCUCUUUAUUGUGCUCAAAAUAGCACUUUUUCAAAACUUAUAAAAUAAAUUGUGAUUUUUAUGAAAAUCUGUGUAUAAUUUUUUAAGUUCAUAUGUUAGGCAAGAUGAAGUAAAACCAAGUUGGUUUUUCUAAGCCCUAGAAUAUAUUUGAUUAAAAUAGAUUAUUUAUGCAGAAAAUUGUUUCAUAAAACAUACGUUUAGUAUCAGUACAUUUGACAUGUCUUGACAUGCAACUUACUUUUAUACAUUUUUAUUAUAUUUAAAUAAUUAGAACACUCAGUUUUCACUUUUAGCACGGAACAAGCCAUUACAAGUACAUGAACCUUAUUUGUUUACAUUUGUAAGGAUUUAGGAAUAACUCAGUUACUUGAUAUGUCACCAUAAAAAUUAGAACUUUGGAUGGUUUAAAGAUAUUUUAUUUUUAUUCACUUUAGGGUUGAUGUAGCACAAUAUGUUAUCUCAACAGUAUAUUGUGCAUAUCACUUACUAUUUUUACUUUGAUGCCUGACUGGAAUUACAAAAAGAUUGCAAAUAAAAGAUAUGUUUUCCAUUCACAGAAAGAAAGAGAUUUGAUUUUUGAAGUAUAGAAGUAAAGAAAAGAAUAUAACAUAGAAUUGAAUUAGAGAUAUAUAGAUAGAGAUAUUCUAUUCUGGCAACCAUACUCUUAGUACCAUUACCCCACUGAAUUGGAGCAAGGAAGUAUUAAAAACAUUUCAAGACAAUUUUGAAAGUUAUUGAAAUGUUAUAAAAGAAAAGUCCUGACCAAGGUGUGAUCAGAAUUUUUAUAACUGAGAUGUUACCCCUAUUUGAUUACUACAACGUUUCAUAUAUCAUUCUGUAAAUGUGUAACAUAUGAUUUUCAUAAUUGAUAUCUGUUACAGUGGUGGCCAUCCAACAAUGUCUGACCGAGCCUCUGGACAAAACUAGAGUGAAGUUGGUGGACUCUCAUUGGGUGUGUGAAUGUGGGAAAACCUUCACUCAUCGCAAUUCCAUCUGGAACCACCUCCGGUACACGUGUGGCCAGGAGAAACAGUUUCAGUGUAUAUUCUGCCUCAGGAAGUUCUCCAGGAAACAUGUCCUCAACAAACACAUCGUCACCUUGCACUCCUCACAAAUUGAAUAGCCGAUCAUUUGGAGAACAUUCAUCUCAGUCUUUGAAGAUUCCAAAAUCUCAUUUGAAGUUCUUCAUAUACUUAAUCUCCAAUAAGAGGAAAACAAUUAAGCUACACUGCUUUAUCUCCAUUUGUCGUAUUUUAAUUUAACCACAUGAGUUAUCAAUGUCAGAAUGCUCUUGUAUCAAAUAUCUUAUAUUUUAUAUUUAAACUGUUAAACACUUCAUCUUACUGUAGGUUAAGAAUGAUUAUAGUAACAUUUUUUGUUUAAUGUUGCAAAAUUAGAAGUUACUUGAUCUUCUUCUUCUAUGAGGUGGCCUAUUGCCAUGCACUUAAGCCUCAAGGGCCUUUUUGCGCACCCCGGAAGCACACCAUGAGGCCGACCAGUCUACGCUUUCAGCAGCUCUUCAAACCGCUGAAAAUAACCGAUCAGGUCCUCCUGAGGAAAUUCGCCACCCCUGUCCAAACUACCAAAUAUUAUGUACCCUUGCUAUUGCAGGAUAGUUAAAGAGGAGGUGUUCAGCAGUUUUUGUCACACAUUGUACAGAGCGGAUCCUCUCGAAGGAUACCUACUCUGUGAAGAUGCUUCUUCAGGUGACCAUGUCCCUUAAUCAGACCCACAACUCGAGAAGACACCGAUCUACUUAGUGAGAGAAGGUAGAACCAUUCUGCUCGUUCUCAGACCCGGAUGCAGCUUCCACCUUCUCUUAUGUUCAGUGUGAACCCAUUCGAGACAGUCCCAAAGGAUUUACACCCAGAAAUGCCACAAAACAUCUGAGGUCCCGUCAUAUUGGACCAUACCGCAGACGAAGAUUCAUAUGAGCACACUCCAUAAUGGCUGUGACUUCAGCCUGAAAGACUGUGGGAUAAGGAUCCAUAGGGACCACCAGCUUCCUACAUGGUCUCACCCCCACUAUUCUAGCGCCUGUACCACUUUUGGUUUUAGAGCCAUCUGUAAACCAUUCAAGCUCCUCUGGUGGAAGAAGUUUCUUUCCCUUGACCAAGUCUACCUAGAAGGUAUGACAAUCCUGAAGAGUUUAUCAAAGGAAAAUCUUUGUGGCAUCUGAUCCGAUAUCAUGUGCAGAGUAUUUCCCUGAAUUAGGCUGACCAAAGUCCUGCCUGCUAAAGACAGUAGGCACUUCUUUUGGCCAUAGCCCAAAUGUCAACGUCCAGGCGAGCGAGGUUGAGGCAACAGUCUAGAACUGUGCUCGUCGGACUUGGAAAAGCCCCAGUGAUAGCAAGGUGGGCUAACCUUUGGAUGCUAGCACUAUCUUGGCUUCUGUUUUUUUCCAUCACACAAGCCCCAAACAUUAGUGCAGGUCUAACCACGGAGACAUAGAGCCAAUACAAAAGCCUUGGCUUAAGUCCCCAAGACCCAUCUUACACACAUCUGCAUUGAAUUAGAGACCGUUUCUCUCACUCUAUGAUUGUUUGGCGAUUGUGGUUGUGUAACACUGUUGAUCUGAACUGAGUAAUCUCUAAAAAGUCUCAUCAAGCAUCGUGCCCCAAGAGGUUAUUUAUCAAUGUGUUUAUGGAUGUGUUAAGGGCUUUUCCCUAAUUACAAUGAACACAAUUGGACUAGAUAACACAUACCCAUUCUCAUGAGGAUGAAUGUAUCCUGGAUGAGAAAGGGAGCUAAAGUACUAGAAAUUGAAUUAUAGCAACAGAAAUUAUGUAACACUGUUAACAUCAACCAAAUUGUGAGUUAUUUUUACUGCUACUAUCAAAACUAUGUGGAAGAUAAAUUGAGAAAUACACAAGAGUUGUUAUUGGUAUCUUCAGUAUUUGAAUCCAUGAAGAGAUACGGCUUUAUUAGUGUCAAACUGUUUAAUCACCACAACUUUCCAGAGCUGUUGGAUUUUAUUUCCUCAUUAUUGUGAUCUUAAGAGUAAUGUGGAGUGUUUGACCUAAGCUUACGUGGAAAAAUUUUCUUAAGAUUCUUUUUUAUGUAACAUCUUGUGAAAACAUAAAGAGUAACUGGUCACAGGCCCAAAAAUGCACUGGUUUUACGUUGAUAUCUAAAGUCAUUUAACAUCCAUUGAAAUGAUUUUGUGAUGUAUUCUUUUUAACUGUGUGAACUUUGUUCCAGACAAGUCUUUUUCAGAUAACUGUCAAUUAACAUUUUUGUAACGUAGAUAACUUACAUUUAUAACAUCUCAAACGUUGAAUCACUUGUCCUUGAGAAAUUAAUUUCCAGAAACUACAUAUAUUUCUAUAUAUUUAUAAGCAUAUAGAACUUUCAUCUUUCACAGCACCCUAAAACUGCCUUUAUUGUGUUCAAGCUGUAGUACGUAGCACUACGUGUUUUGUUUAUGUUUUGAGCAAUUGUUUUACAAUAUAAAGGCUAUGAAUCUGUAGCUGUAAAUAUGAACCUAAGAUUGAAUAUUUUUAAUAAAUUAAACUAAUUUUGUACUAUAAUUGUUGUAUUUAAUUUCACAUUGAUGUUCCCUUACAAAACAGUUUCUCAUUUACGCAUAAACUAUAUUGUAGCCUAACGCUAUUAAUAUUACAUUAAUAAAAUGUAGUGUGUUUAUUUUUGAGAUUUGUAUGAAACAAUUUGAAAAGCUGGGUACGGUUUAGUUUUUGUUGACAUAAACACUACAGUACAAGGCACAGUGUAGGGUAUUAAGAAUGUAGAGUGAGGUAUGAGUCCAAAGGUAUACUUAUUACUGGUGUUACAAGCUCCAAUAUAUAGCUCCUAUAGUCUGUAAUAGCCCUGAUACCUAUUCAGCCCCGGAGCCCCAGGGAGUUAAACUCUGGUACAAUACAUAAAUUAGUAUUAAAAGUCGUAACCUACAGAUUAUGAAUUAAAUGUCACAAUUAAUUAACUUCAUGUAUAAAUUUUGCCUUAUUCAUUCGAUUGAUGUCUAUUUAAGUUCCGAUUGGAUGAAAUUGUUGAGCUUAUCAUGUCAGCUGAUUCUGAUAUUUAACUUUGUUUAUUAUAAAAAUUGUAUUAUUUUCAGUUGAAAAAAAUUUGAAAUGAUUUGGUCAUUCCAGUGUUUUUCAAAAUGUAUGGGGUAGACCGUUUAGCAAUAGGAGUUUUUGUGUUACCCUUCAUGUCCGUACAAUGACCCAUCUUCAAUGUGGAGCUUCUUUAAUAUUUCCAUGUUGUUUUCAGAUGAUUUUGAAUUUUGGAAACUAUGAUAGGAAUUAUAACAUGGAUUUCAACAACUUGCCAGUACUCAAAAAUAAUAUGAACAGUAUUAAUAUAGUGGGUUUCUUGUUAAACAAAAUGUUAACUAGACUAAUUAUUUUUUGUACUGGUAUUUUAUCAGUCUAAAUGUUAAUUUGAAAGGUUAUAGGCCAGCUGCUUUGAGGAAACUUCUGUUUAUUUUUAAUUGUGUCGACUAUCUUUUUUUAUUUAAUUUCUGUAUCUUUUGUAUUUUUUGAUAAAAAGAAUUUGUUAGAAAGUGAACAAUCUAGUAGAUAAGCUUAAGUUAAAGAAUACACAAUACAAUAAUACAUUUUUUGUGACUAACUGCUCUGUUUCCUUCUUAGGUAAUCAGGAGUUCUCCUUUGCUUCCUGUGGCACUUAUGUCGGGGAGAUCCCUCUGCAGAUUGAAGAGGACGUUUCUUCAGACGUAGAAAUAAUUGCUACACUCACAGCGUCACCACAGCCUUCAACUUUCAUCGAGGCUCUCGCGAAGCCAACGCCUCUAGCCAAACCAUUACAUUUUAGUGAAGUUAUAAGAGAUGAUAGAGUGCCCUUUAAAGAUGCUUCUUCAAUUAGGCAAUUGGUGACGCCGAGGUUGGACCAUCGCUGGGAUUGCACAAUGAAUAACAGUGAUGUGGAGGGAACAAAGAACACCGCCACUGCAAGGAAGAGAACUACCGGAGGGAUUGGUUUUUCGUACUCACUUGACAGACAUAAUAAAUCCCAAUCGAGGUUAUCGCUUUUCAAAUCAUCUUUGAUUCAUGGCUGGAGAUCUACAAGUCUUUGCUUGAAGUCUGAAAGUGAUAAACACAGAAGAGGUCGACCUAAAGGAUCUCUGAACAAGAAAACAGUAACACAUCAAGCUACAGAAAAAUCGUAUGAAGAUGGCUUAGCUCAGCCUGUUGCUACCAAGAAAGAAUGUGACAUUACAUUGGAUUUGAAUGGUAGUGAAGGUAAACGUAAAGUGGGACGUCCAAAAGGUUCUGUAGGCAUUAAAAAGAAAUUUUGGAAUAUUUCACCAACGGAUACCCAAGGCAGUAGUGAGGUUGGAAACAAUCCAAUGCAACUACGGGUGAAAAAUGACAAAACAGAUGAAAGUGGAGUAAUCCUCCCUGUUGCUAUUACGAAAGAAUGUAACACUACAGCGUAUUCGAAAGGUAGUGAAGGUAAACGUAAAGUGGGACGUCCAAAAGGUUCUGUAGGCAUGAAAAAGAAACUAUUGGACAAUUCACUAAUGAAAACACACAGUAGUAGUUCGUUUGAAAGCCAUUCAAUAACUAGUAGUGGUACUAAUUCAUCAGGAGAUUCAAAGGAAUUUUUUCAUGUAAAGAGGAAAGUUGGAAGACCCAAAGGAUCUGGAACGAAGAGUAAAUCUGUUUCCAUCAUGUCCAAUAGUGAAAGCAAAGGCAAUGAAGGAUUUCAAAACUCUUUGGUGAAGUUAAAACCUUGUGAAAAAUACAUCUCACAGGAACCAGCAGGUAGUCAAAGUGAAACAAGUAAUGAUAAUAGUAAGUCAGUCCUUACAAAACGCCUUUUAAUCCAUAGUGUCAAAGGUAACUUGUCUUCAUACAGAAAUUUGGAAAUGAAAUAUCCCAACGGUGAGCCUCUAAAACAAAAAAGAGGACGUCCAAAAGGACCAGUAAAAAUCAAGCCUUUAAAUCGGAAAAGGGGACGUCCCAAAGGAUCAGUAAAUAUCAAGCCCCUGAAACGGAAAAGAGGACGUCCAAAAGGUUCAGUAAAAAUCCAACAGAAUGUGGAAAAUGUCAGCAAUUACCAUCAUCCCCAAAAUCUUAUGUUAUUAAAAGUAGAAGUUGAUUCUCAAAGAGACAACAAAGUCAGAGGUCAAAAUCUCCUUAAGAACUCUGAAGUUGUUGAGAAAACUGGUAUUUCCAAUCGGAAUAUCAGUAAUUCGAUUCCAGAACAACCUUGUAUUAAGUUAGAACUUCAAGAUGGUUGUCAUAAAAUUGAAAUUCCAAAAUAAAAAUUGCUCGUCACUGAAGUACUUGAGAGGUAUUUUUAUUUCAUAGGUAGAAACUGAAAACCAAAGUUGCAACAACAGCAUGGCUUGCAUUAGACGAUUUUAUCGAUCUUAUAGUUUUUUGUAAUAUUACUUUGAAUACAGCUGAGAUGGUAUCUUUAUUAAUUUUCUGUUUAAAACAUCCUAUUAACCUUACCAGUGAAGGUAAUACAGGGAACAUUAUGAGUAGUUAUGAAAUAGUUUAUUACAUGAAUUAUGUACAAUAAUAUCCUGAGUAUGUUUGACUAUGUACAGUAAUGUCUAGAGUAUGUUUGACUAUGUACAGUAAUGUCUAGAGUAUGAUUGACUGCCUUGUGGAAUAUUUUAUUAUUAUUGUUGCCCUAUAUUGUAAGUAUUUCUCUGUUACAAUAAUACAAUUUUUAUGUGUAUUCUGUAUACUUUUCAAAGUAUUGUAUUUUGUUGUAAUUAUUGAUGGAACAUACUAAAAGUAUUAAAUGCUGUAUUUUAAUAAUUUAGAUGUUAUUUUGUUAUAUUAUAACUGUCUUUAUAUGUGGAUGUUAACGUACUGUAAUUUAGGUUUGUAUUGUAAGUGUUAAUUACUGUGUAAUGAAAUCAAAUAAUUGUUCACUUGGUGUCAAUGAAUACUCCUGUUGUUUUCUACGAUUUUGUGUAAUUUUAAUUAGUUUAAUCGUAUUUCCAUAAAAGUUUGAUGUCUUUAUUUUGCAAUAAAGGAAGUAAAACUAAAUGUGUAACAUGAUUGAGAAAGUAACAUUCCUCUGGGCAACAUGGAAUGACAUUUUCAAUCAGUGAUCAGUCUUUGGCACAAGUGAGUGUGUGUGUCCACAUGUUGCUCAUAUGGAAUGGCAUUUCAUAUUUUAGUGAAUUGAUUAGAUUGAUUAUGGCAUAAUUUUGAAUAUCAAGUGGAAACUCGUUUUUUAAAAUCACUAAAUUUUGAAAGAACCCUCAAUUAUGAAAACAGAAAUAGAAAUCUAUUGUGAGUAGGUAGCCUUAACAGUCAGUUGAAACGGAUUUGAUAUCUAUACCAAGUUAAUAUGUGUGUUGGCUGACUUGUGCAUUUCUAUUGUUAAAUCACCAUCUGCUAAGUCCAUUGUUGUCAGUGCAGUCAGGAGUCUCAGUCUGGUAUCGUCAAACACCAGAAAUUAAUAAAAAACUGUGAAGUUAUUUACAUGCUCUCUGUACAUGUUAUCAAUGUGUAUUACUUGCCUAAGAGUCAAAACUCACCCAGAAUAAGCCUAUUCUUAAAUUUAUAAUUAGCUUGCUAUUUAUAAUAUUUAUAUUGUAAAGUUAUACAACAAACAAUUGUUAACCAAUUUGUAUUCUGUCUGAAAAAUAUGUAUAUAAAAGCUAUUUGUGUGAUUUUAAACGGAAUAUGUUGCAUGAUGAAUAAUAAUGUACUAAAAUAAUGUAGUAUAAUUGUAAGUUUGUUAGUAAAUUAAAAUGUGUUUUUACAACUGAAUUUCAUUUAGUACUCAAUAAAAUAGUUUAUCAAACAUUACAUCAAAUAACAUUAAUAUGUUAUUUUUAUACAUAUUUUGUAUAACGCAGAAAGUGAUGAGUAGCCUUGGGUGGUUGUGAUUAUCUGGCAUGUUAAUAGUUGUGUACGAUUGUGGUAACAGUAAUAUUGUAUAUUUAUUAUUUAAUUUAAUUUUUUCAAAAUGUCGAUCAAUAUAAAAUAUCUAUAAAUUAUUGCAAUUAAAAAAUUGUACUGUGUAAGGGUCUAAUUUUCUUUACCUUUUACUGCUUACAUGAUGUUUGUAGUUAAACACUUUCAAAGUUUUGGAAGAUGAUAUCGACUAUUUCAUGUUAUUAAUACAAUUUCUCCAAGUUGUUCCCUGUGAACAGUAACAUUGCAACAAAAUUUGAAUUGUUUUCAUAACAAAAAUAAAACAUAUGAACCUCUUAAAAAAAACCCCAUAAACAAAAGAACCUUAAAGAUGGUCUGGAACACCUUUUCAAAACCACUUCAAAGUUAUACUUUUUUGGCAAAAUCAAAAUUUAGCAUUUUAAGAAAAUAUGUUUAGAUAUAAAUGAAAAUAAUUAAUUACUGUAAUAAUAAAUUAACAAAACCUUAUAAACUCGUUGAUUAAGAAGUAGCAAGAAUUCACUCUGCCCUUGUGUUAUUAUGUUUAGAGUUGGAUGGAGUUUAAUUAGGAGCUUUAGAGAGACUUGCAGAUAUUUGAAAUAUUUGCUAUUAUGAUGUAUUUUUAUAUGAGUAUGUAAUAUGUUGUCAGAAACAUUUGUUUAUACUUCAGUUUCUUGCAGUAAAGAACAACAAACACUCUUGAAGUGACAAGAAUAGUUUACAAAGUGGUAUUAAACAGCCGUGUACAUUACAACAAAUAAUCUGGGCGGGUUUUUCAUAUAAAAAUCCUCAAUGAUUCUCGGUCUGGAGUAGGAAGUGGAGAGAGAGUCACUAGACUACUAUUCAGACACUAAUUCGGUCAGUUACAUUUACAUAUUGUUGACAAUCAUGUAUUGCGUAUCCAAGGACCCUACAAGACAAUAUUAUAUGCAUAAUCACAGGACAAGCUGGAGAUUACACUCUUCCAGUCCACAGAAUGCUGUAAUUUUAAGUAAAAGUUAUAUUCUUCACCAAAACUAUUCAAGAAAUUUUCAGGGAAUCUGAAUAAAGCGGAACCCAUAGUAAGGAAAACGGUAUGUAUUAGUAGCAGUAUGAACAAUAUUGUAAUACAUGCAGUUAAAACACAUAGCCUAGGAUUAUAUAAUCUGUAAAAAAUCUAUAGUUAUUGUAUUCAUCAAUACAAUAUGUGGGCUGUCGUCACAUAUGUGGGUGGAUGGAGCUAUUAUCUCUCACUCACACAUGUGUACCUAGUAAAAAUGGUAUUCUUAGAUCAUUUGUUACGGAUCUGGUUUUAGGUGGUUUUCAAGAGGUUUUAUCUAAAAUUGAAUUCAUUUACUUUUAAGAUUUCUACCAAUGCUAAUUUAUUGUAUACAAAGUUUAUAGAUCUCCUCAAUUUGUUUAGCCUUUUUUCUUCACUACAUCUGUGUUUUUUCUUUGUAUUUUUACUUUUAUCGUGUUUUUAUUUCCUUAUUAAUCUAUUGAGUAGGUGAAACAAAAUAGGUCAUGUAAUUUUCUAUGUUGUAUUUUCUUUUAUAUCUUUAAAGUCAUUAAACGAAAUUCAUGUUACAGUGCUUUUGUGAGAGAAAUAGCACUUUUCAGAAUAAAAAUGUCGCUACCCGUAAUUUUUGUAUUGACUAUUUACUUAACAAAACUUCUGUUCAGCUGAAAUUAAAGAAAAAUAUUUUGACUACCCGUACAAUUAAAGGUGACGGAUGCCCUUUUAAAUUGUAUGUGUGAAGAAGUAAUAAUUGUAAACUAUGUUAUUCAUAAUCAGGUUAGUAAAACUAAUGUAUUGUAAGGGUGGAAACAAUACAGCAACUUUUUUAAAAUAAAAAUAAUAUCCUAAUCUUUGGGCUAUUUAUUCUACUAUUUGUGCUCAUUUAAAAAGAUUUUUGUUACUUUGCUCAAUUUUUCCCCAAUAGGAAAAAUAUGUGAUGGCUUAAAAUAUUUCAUUGCAACUUCAUCUUGUAACCUAUCAACAGAACAAAGCCAAUGAAGUUUAGGAAACUUUUACCUGGACCCCAUACAUUUAUCUGCCAGUUAAAACUGAAAUUUAGUACAUUUUGUAAAUCAAAUAAAUGUAUCUUUUUAUCUUAAAUGUAGUACUAAUUCCAAUAAAAAAGGUAAGUAUUUUAGUUUUAUAACUUUUCCCAAAAGAGGGCAGGUCUAGAAGAUAUAUACAAAUGUUGAAAUAGUAAACAUAUUAUUGAGACCAUCAAAUAGAACUUUAUUAACAUGAAAAUUGAAGCUAUUUAAACACAUUUUAAAAAUCUUUUCCUUAUAACAAAUAGUGGAUAGUUAUACAACUAAUCACUAGAAUACGUUUCAAUUUACUGCUAUGAGUAUUGUGUGUUUAAAAAUACCAGUAUUUGUUUUAAAAAGAGGAGAUUAUUGGUAUCUAAACUGAUAGUUAUUUUAGUGAAGUAGUAAUCAUUUCCACAAGUAUAUACUGUAGAUCAAACUUAAUUAAUUAUGCUACGACAGUUAUAUUUGUUGUUAAUUCCAAAAUAUUAAUACCACGUUUAAUAGUGAUAACUAUUUUAAACAGGAGCAAAAAAAACCAUUUUUUAAGUUGAAUUUAUUAUUUGUCAUUUAUUUUAAUGUGGCCCAAAGUAGAGGUGUAAUUUAAAAAGUGUUGACUAUCCCCUACCACCUCUUAAUUGGGACAAAAUUUAAAAAAUUAAGUGUAUUAGAGAUAAAAUCUAAUGAUAAACGCAAAUAAACAAGGUGUGUUCUAUUUAUGAAUGUGUUCUUGUAGCGUUCAUACAACUGGUCUCCCAGUCACAACCCAUUUUCGCCUGUGAGACGUGCGGCCGUGAGUUCAGGUGGCCUGACAACCUCCGUCGACACCAGCGCCAGGAGUGUAACAAACCACCCCAAUUCCAGUGUCAGUACUGCGACUACAGAGCACAUUACAAGUUUGUUCUGACCAAACAUGUCGCCAGAAGACACAAGGACUUAACUGGAUGAAGACACAGAAUUGUUUAUAUCAGCAGAAGAGUAUGAAUGUCGGAACUGUUUCAAACGCUACUCCUGGCCCGAGAGUCUGCGUCGCCACUUACGCAGAGAGUGCGGUAAGCUGCCGACCUUUGCAUGUCCUAUCGCUACAUGUACGGUCAUGUUUAAGCACAAGUUCUCGUUGCUCAGACACCUCCGAAACUCUCAUGAACCUCAGCAGUGUUCCUGAUGAAGAACUACAAGAGUUGAUCCGUUGUGAUAUUUCUUUUUGAAGUUCAGAUUUAUAUGAAAUAAACGUUGAGAGUUGUGUUUUUGGUUUAUUCACCUAUUAAAA